UCUCUCUCCCUCUCUCUCUCUCUCCCCCUCUCUCCCUCUCUCUCUCCCUCUCUCUCUUCCUCUCUCUGUGCAGGUGUUGUGUCCUGCUGUAAAAGUACCACCAGUGGCGCCCCUUCACCCUGCAGAUUGCCCCUCCACCCUGCAGAUUGCCCCUCCACCCUGCAGAUUGCCCCUCCCUCUCUCAGGCCACAGUACAGGUGGUAACAUGGUGGUGUAACAUGCAACCUCCACACAAGCAUUACUCACACGCCCUCCCCCACUUUAUCCCCCUUUUCUCUCCUCCCCUUCUCCUGGUGUAUAAGAGUCAGCCCAGACAAUCGUGGGCUCAGUCUAGUCGACUUUAGAGAGAGGAGAGAGAGAGAGAGAGAGAGAGAGAGAGAGAGAGAGAGGAGAGAGAGAGAAUACAGCACAAGACCUCUGGAGUACCACUGGCAACGGGACGAUCUUUUCUGGAACAGUUUUCUUUGACACACACAGACUCGGAGCGGCAGCAUGUUGUUGAACAGGGUCUGGCAUGUGGUGUGUGUGCUCUGCUGUGUGUGUGUGUUGGUGUGUGUGAACGCGGAGGAAUAUGAAGUGAACUACGCGGACAACUACGAAAACGAGAUUACACAGGACCAACAGGACGGGGACUCCCCUGUGACCACCUGCCAGGCUACAGACCUCUCUCGCUGGAACAAACUCUUCGUGGCUCUGGAGGACUCCCACCAGAGGGAUAUGAUGCUGAUGGAAGCCCUGGAGCAACGCUGUGGAACCCCGGGAGUCUGUCAGCAGUGCCUGCCCGCCAUCGAGGCAGUUUGUCGGGGGCAGGCAGAGCAGGCGAGCCCAAGGCUCCAUCGAGGCCUAGUGGAGCUGAAGGAGGAGGUAACAGAACGAGAGGGGAGGAUGAAUUCUUCACUACAGCAGAUCAGACAGGAGGGAGCAGAAAGUUAUGGGAGGAUGAUGGCUGUGUUACAUCAUCUCGUUCAGAACAGUAGAGAGCAGAACCAUAGACUACAUCGAUUGGAGGAGAGUAAGCUGAGAGGGGAGGUGACAGAAGGGGCUGGAUCUAUAGGAGCCGGGCAUAGAGAAGCAGAGCCAAUCAGGACAGGGCAUAAAUUGAAUGGGUUUAGGGGAGGGGCUUAGUGGGACAGGUGGCCCAAUAGGGACGAGGCCUGGCAGUGUAAGGGUGGGUCUCGGACUGGGUUUGGGCAUGAAGCUGUUCCCGUCAAGCACAAAGAAACAGGAAGUGGCAUCAUCGCCAUCAUCGGACCCGGGAAAGAUUGAGCGGCCUCUGGUUGCUAUAGCGAUGGAACUGCAGAAGGCACAGACCCAGCUGGGCCUAAUAUCCUCUGUAGGGAACGAAGGAUGAAAAAAGACGAGGAGAUAUUAAAGGAAGGAUGUCUGAUGGAUAUUGUCCUCUAUCAGGGACUGAAUUAAAACUAAAAUAUAAACGGAUUGAAAUUUUGCACACUAACAUAUCACCUUUUUAUACAUUAGUAAAGCAAAACAAUCGCCUUGAAAUAUGUUUAGUAUUCUUUUUAAAUUCUGUAUAAUUAAAAGAAAUGCUCUGUGACUCUAAUUGUGUAAGUGAUGAAUAAAGAUUUGUUAAACCUUUUAA